UUCCUUUCUUUUAUCAUACCCAACUCCUUUUCCUCUUUUUGCCCAUUAAAUUGUAAUUAAAAUUCACCUAAAUUCAAACAACCACUUGUAGCAGGCGUUUGCAGUAGGGUUUCUCACUUUUAAUUUAUUCCCUUUUUCAAAAUCUAGGGCUCGUCGUUCUCCCCGGUUAAUCUUCUCACUGCCCCUUCGCUUGGCGCUUGUAGGGUCUUCGGCCGCCGGUUGUUUGGAAUUUUCGAUCUCUUUUUUUUUUUUUAAUUUUUUUUAUUGAGCGGUUGAUUUGUGUUGGCGGGAGAUGGAGGAAGAGAAGAAGGCGGAGGAGGUACAGGGUGGGGAAUUGCUUUUCUGCGGGACGACGGCGUGGGAUGCAAUGGGCCGCCGGAGGACUUCGCCGGAGGAGAACCUUGCUUCUCCGACGAGACUGCGACCUCUUAUGGCAAUCGACAUUCGAUUUGUUGCUUCUGGCUGCGUGUCUUGUCACUGUGUGGCACUGGACGUUGAGGGUCGCUGUUACACGUGGGGGCGCAAUGAGGCAAGUUGGACUCUGAAGGGGCAGCUUGGUCAUGGAGACAGAGUACAGCGUGAUAGGCCUACAAUUGUUUCGGAUUUGUCUCAGUAUAAAGUUGUCAAAGCCGGAGCUGGCAGGGGUCAUACUGUGGUAGUGACUGAAGAUGGGCUCUCCUUUUCUUUCGGUUGGAAUAAGCACGGGCAGCUCGGUUCAGGUUCUGCAAAAAAUGAAGUUGAAUCAUCUCCGGUUCGUUGUCAGGUUUCUGAUGUAAAAGCAACUGUUUGUGGUGGUGAUUUUACCGUGUGGUUGACUUCUGUCGAAGGAUCUUCUAUAUUGACUGCUGGUCUUCCACAGUAUGGUCAGCUUGGGCAUGGGUCCGAUAAUGAGUAUAAUACCAAAGACAGCUCUGUGAAGCUUGCAUAUGAAGCUCAACCUCGUCCAAGGGCUAUAGCUUCUCUUGCUGGUGAAACUAUAGUAAAAGUUGCUUGUGGAACUAAUCAUACGGUGGCGGUUGAUAAGAAUGGACAUGUUUACACGUGGGGCUUUGGCGGUUAUGGGAGGCUCGGACACAGAGAACAGAAGGAUGAAUGGGCUCCACGGUUGGUUGAUGUUUUCACUAGGCAUAAUGUUCUGCCCCCUGAUGCAGUUGUUUCAGCAGGUUCUGCCAAUUCUGCAUGUACAGCUGUCAAGGUACAAUUAUGUUAUGCUCCUCCUAAUUUCAAGGUGAGAGGGUUGUGUCCUUCUCUAUACUGGGGAACCAAUCUGUUGAGUUUCACAAAGCUAACCCUCGAGAAUGGUGAUGCUAAUUGCAUUUUCUGCCCUGAGCUAGGACUGAGAGGUGGGCAGCUUUAUAUGUGGGGCAAGAUAAAGAACAGUGGUGACGAUUGGAUGUAUCCUAAGCCUCUCAUGGAUUUGAGUGGCUGGCAUCUACGCUGCAUGGAUUCAGGCAAUUCGCACCAUUUUGUCGGUGCUGACUCUUCAUGUAUAAGCUGGGGCCAUGCACAAUCUGGGGAACUGGGAUAUGGACCUAAUGGACAAAAAUCAUCUGCAAUUCCUAAGAAAGUGGAUGCCCUCGAGGGAAUGCAUGUUAUCAGUGCUGGUGCAUGUGAUGGUGCACAUGGAAAACAGAGCGAAUAUUGA